UCUCUCUCUCCCCUUCCUCUCAGCGCACAGGCGCCCUGCACCCUCAGUCUGCUGACACACCGGGAGGACAGUCCGCACUACACGUCCGCGUCAUUGGACUCUAUGUGGAUACAAAGCCCGGUCACAACACACAUCCAUGGGGAUACUUUAGUGGGAACUGCAGCCCCGCGACCUUUUACAUGAAAACAGAGCGGCAGUGAAGGACCUCGGAGAGCCGGAGAACGAGCGCUGGCCCUCGUUUGACUGUGUGACCAGCGGAUGAGCCUUGUUCAUGCGUCUCCCUGCGAGCCACUCCCACAUCACCAUGAACUGUGAGCAGGACUUUGCAGACGGGGGCUUGGGAGUGACCCUCACACUACGACUGCUCAUGCAUGGAAAGGAGGUUGGCAGCAUCAUAGGAAAGAAAGGAGAGACGGUGAAACGAAUACGAGAAGAGAGCAGCGCCCGGGUCAACAUCUCAGAGGGCUCCUGUCCGGAGAGGAUCAUCACCAUCACCGGCUCCACAGACUGCGUCUUCAGAGCCUUCACCAUGAUCACGUACAAACUGGAGGAGGACCUGAAUGCCCUGGUGGCCAACGGCACCAUCAGCUCCAAGCCACCGGUCACCCUGCGGCUGGUCAUCCCUGCCAGCCAGUGUGGCUCUCUCAUCGGGAAGGGAGGGGCCAAGAUAAAGGAGAUCAGAGAGAGCACUGGAGCUCAGAUACAGGUGGCGGGGGAUUUGCUGCCCAACUCCACUGAGCGAGGGGUGACGAUAUCUGGGAAUCAGGAGUCUGUAAUCCAGUGUGUCAGGCUCAUCUGCACAGUAAUCCUGGAGUCUCCCCCGAAGGGCGCUACCAUCCCCUACCGACCGAGCCCCUCACCAGCUGCCCUCCUCAUCGCAGGGAACCAGGUGUACGAGGCGUCCGACUUUGCACCCCACCCUCUGUACUCCGUCACCCAGGGAGGCCUGGACCUCCAGCAGGCCUACGCUUUGCAAAACCAAUACGGCAUUCCACACUCAGAGAUGGCCAAGCUACAUCAGCUGUCAAUGCAGCAAGGCCUGAGUCCCAUCGCCCAGCAGGCUGCGACUAUCAUGCCUGGGAUGGACUCCAAUUGUCAGACAUCUCAGGAGCUGCUUAUUCCCAAUGAUCUGAUCGGCUCGAUCAUCGGCCGUCAGGGCACCAAGAUCAACGAGAUCAGGCAGGUGUCCGGAGCCCAGAUCAAGAUCGGCAGCCAGCUGGACGGCACGAGCGACCGCCACGUCACCAUCACAGGAACGCCGGUCAGCAUCAACUUGGCGCAGUACCUCAUUACCUCCUGUUUAGAGACAGCCAAAUCCACGGCCCAGGCCGCCUCCAUGGCGUCUCCGGUCGACCUCAACAUGGCCUUCGCCCAGCCGGCCUCCCCCGCCGGCUCUCCCGCACCCACCAUGGCCACCAUGGGCGCCCUGACCCCGGCUCACAUGCUGGGCAACCCGUACGGCGCCAUGCCCCUCUCCGGCCUGCUGGGGGUCAAGUCCGUCCCCUUUCUGACUCUGUCCGGCCAUGGCCCCACCGUGGCCGUCACCGCGGCACCCUCCCACACCACUCUGGCCGCCUACACCGCCAAAAUCUCCUCAGCCAACUGCAUCAAAAAGCCAGAGAGACAGAAGUUCGCUCCCUACUGAUGAGCUCCGGGUCCGGGGGGGGGGGGGACGGGGGACGGACAGCUGCAGUGUUCUUCCACACAUUAAAACAAACGCCCGAUGUAGCCAUAUCCGCUGACUUUUAUUCUAUGACGCACCAACAGAGAAGAGACCAAUGGAGAUGUGGACAAAAAGCUGUUCCUUAUUUACGGUUAUAGAUCAUUUGUUUCCCAUGAAUUGAUGGACUGCUUUCAUCGUCACCUCAUCACUGUUAUCGAUCACUAAAAAAAGUUUAAAAAGUAAUAAAAAAAAAACAAGGGCUGGGACCUCACCUGAGAAGCACAUGUUUACAUCACAGCUGUCACGUGUGCGUCUCAAGUUAAGGAUCAGCUUUAAGUAUUUAUCCUUCAAUAAAUUUGUAAAUUAUACUCAGAUGACAAAUGCUCUCCUGUAUGAUGCUUUUAUACAACGUCUAUGUUUGCCUCUUGAAGUUUUUAAGAAAAUUUGUAAAUGUCUUUGGGAGAGGGGGGGAUUUUUCUUUUUGUAAUAAUCCAUGCUCUGGUACUGUACUUUACUGUUCAGUGUUAUGUUCCUUUUGUUGGAUUUUAUUUUGAAUGUGCAACUUGUUUAAUCUUUAUUUAUUAGUAUUGUUUCAUUUAUUAAAAAUCUUUGUUUCCUGAUGUAUUUGUCUUCUACUUUAAAAAAGAAAUAUAUAUAUAU